AAAACCUCAUAAAUCCAUUGCACUAUCCUAACCGUUAUGAUCAUUUUCUCCCCAAAAAAUAAUAAUUUUAUAUUUAAUAUCAACCGUUGGAUUUGAAAUAAUACCUCAUUUUCACUUAGUCAAAAUCAUAAAAUGGACCCACGAAUAUGAUUCCAAUGAACAUCAACAGAAUCAACCUUCUUCUUCCACAACUCUCUACUUCUCUUUCUCACCAUUCAUCUUCACUUUGAGUCACACCAAAGCCACUUGGAUUCUUUUUUAUUUUUUAUUUUUAAAAGUCACUUGGAUUCCACAUAAAAAAAAAUUGAUUUUUUUAAUGGGUUUUUUUUGGGUCCUCAUUUUUUUUCUUGUUUAUCAUCUUCUUUAUCUUUAAGAGCUUGUGGGCUAUGUUAUAUUAAUAUUACUUUGAAGCUUUUCUUUUUGUUCUUGUUUUUUAUACAAUGAGUUCAGGUGCAAAUUUGGUUAGCACAAUUAUUGGAUUUGGAAUGAGUGCAACUUUCAUUGUAUUUGUUUGCACAAGAAUAAUCUGCGGAAGAUUUAGAGAAAGACAUGUGGGUUCACGUACUAUAUUUCAAAUUGAAUCGAGACCCGAUAUUGAACAGCCAGAAUGUGAUGGUAAUGAACCUGAACCUGAGCCUGCAUUUGUUGCUGCAAUUCCUACUUUAAAUUUCAAUGAAGAGGCUUUUAAUUCCAUUCAAUGUACACAGUGUGUGAUAUGUUUGGGAGAUUACAAAGAAAAAGAAGUGUUGCGCAUAAUACCUUAUUGUGGACACACUUUUCAUCUUUCUUGCAUUGAUAUUUGGCUUAGGAAACAAUCCACAUGUCCUGUGUGUCGUUUGACAUUGCAUAAUGUUUGUGAAGAAAAACAUGGGAGACCUGUGGGAUUCACCAUAAGAGAGUCUCUUGAUGAGUCUAAUAGUUCAGAAGAGAAUGAGAGAGAAGUUGAAGGUGAUGUAAGAGAGAUAGAAUGAGGCUUGUGAUGAUUUUGUGAUGAUGUGAGAGAGGUUAGAAGAUUAGUAGUACAUGAUGGAAUUUUUGUGGGUUUUACUAAAUAGUAAUUUGGAUUCACUUAUGAUUAGUGAUUAUUUAGUGAAACCCACAUGAAAUGUAGUGAAUGAUAGUAUAUAUUGGAAGAAGUAGUUUGGUAUCAAUUAUGAUGAGUUAUGGUAUAUAUAUUGCAAACAAAAAUGUGAUUUGAGAGAAGCUAAAAAAACUAAGCUUAUAUGUAGACGUGAAAAGUUAUCA